AUGGUCAAGGCCCGCCUUAGCGUCGCACCGCAGCCCGGCGUCCUCCACACGUGCCGCGCCGCCUGGCCGACUGCGACCGCCUUCGUCUUUGGCUCGCCCUCACCGACUGCGCCCCUCGUCCUCUUUGUCGGGGGCACCGGCGGCACGCUCAUGAGCACGGCGUACCUCCCUGCGCUGCACCAGGGCGUCGAGGCGAGCGGGUGGGCGUUCGCGCAGCUCAGCAUGGUGAGCGUCGGCGGGACCUGGGGCGGCGUCGACGUGCGGCAGGACGCGGUCGACAUUGCGGCCGCGACGAGGUACUUCAAGGAGCGAGGUGCGCCCAAAAUCGUGCUCGUUGGGCUGUCGACCGGGUGUCAAGACCUCAUCGCCUACCACCACGCCUCGCCCGACUACGUCAAGGUCGACGGCAUCGUCCUUCAAGGCCCCGUCUCGGACCGCGAGUUCCCCGACUUUCAGCGCUUCCUCGAGACGGUCACCGACGCCGACCCGCUCGCACCCGGCCCCGACCCGCGCCAGUUCGUCCCGAGGACGUGGUCCGACUUUUGGGGCGCCCGAGCCGGCAUCUCGUACGCGCGCUGGCACUCGGUCGCCGCGAAACCGACGAGCGACGAGGUCGACAUUGACGAGUCCGAGGACUUUUUCUCGAGCGACCUGUCGGACGCUCGGCUGCGCAACGUCUUUGCGCCCGUCGAGUGCCCGAUCCUGUUCGUCCUGAGCGGCAACGACCCGUCGUACCCGGCGCACGUCAAGGCCGACAUCCCGGCGCUCCUCGCACGGUUCCGCCUCGCGGCGCCGACGUUCAGCGCGUUGAGCAUGAUCGUCGACGGAGCGUCGCACACGUUGCGCAAGCCCAAGCACGUCGAGCAGUUUGUCGAGCGCGUCGUCGAGUUCCUCGAGACGGUGUGA